CUAUAUUAGCCAUUUGUUGUGUUCUCUGUGGUGACUAGUUUGUCUAUGCUUUAUGUUUUUAUUGUAAUUUUUAUUUCAUUUCUCGCAAGUUGCAUUGCCUACUUCAGUCUCCACCCGUUUAGUGUUUUCCUUAUAAACUAUAUUUUGAGUGUACAGCUGUGUAUUACGUUUUAUAGUAUAAGGAAAGAAGAUUACGUUACACUACAAAGUAUACUGGUCAACGCCACCGAGCUUGUCGCAUCCUCUUCUUCGCCUUUUCAGAAACCUGUCAGAUUACGCAGACGCACAUUGACAAUGUAGUCUAUCAUCGUGCGAAAACUUCUACAGGAUCAUGUAGCAGAGCUACACAUCUAGUUGAACUAUUUCACAGAUCGACGGAAUAGUCCUGUAUCAUUUCCUCUCUGAACGGAUCAUUUCAGUGGGGCGACAUGGACCUGCUGUCUCCGGACCCGGAGGGUAGCGCGGCGACGGGCAGCGUGAAGAGCGACGACAGCACGCCCCCGCACGAGGGCGGGCGGGGCUCGCCGCCGCCCAACUGCGCCAUCUGCCUGGGCACCUGCCGCAACAAGUGCUUCACCGACUCCUGCCUGCACCAGUUCUGCUUCAAAUGUCUACUAACAUGGAGCAAGGUAAAAGCGGAAUGCCCGCUCUGCAAACAGAACUUCAAGUCAAUAAUACACAACGUGCGCUCCAACCACCAGUACGAGGAGUAUAUGGUGGAGCAGCGGGUGGAGACCAUCCCGGACCCCGCGGUGGAUCUCAGCAACGCCACCAGGAGGUUCCGCUACAGGACAACGCUAACGCUGCCGCGCCGCGACACGCUCGCCAUCCAGCACCUGCUGAUGCACUACCCGAUGAUGGCGGGCGUGCUGCCGCCGUCCUCGGGGCUGGCGGGGCUGGCGGGGCUGGCCGGGCCGGUCCCGGGACCGCCACCGCGCAGGCGCAGGCGCUCGCCCAACUCGUUCCGGCGCACCGUGUACCGCCACAACCUGUGGGCGCGCCCGCUGCCCGACUUCACGGGCCGGUACAGGGACUGCUCGCCCGAGUUCUACAGACGCAACGACUCGCAGAUGCACCGGCUGGUGCCGUGGCUGAGCCGCGAGCUGCACUACCUCCUCAACGAGAACGCCGGCCACAUCUCGUACGUGAUGGCGCGCCUGCUCGAGCUGCUCCCCCAGUACCACAUCACCUCCGCCGAGUUCGCCGCCGCCGUUCAGAGAUACUUCGGAGACCGCACCGAACACUUCCUUCACGAGCUACACUGCUUCGCCUCGACCCCCUACGAUAUGGCCGGCUACGACCGACAAGUGCAAUACACUACCGAUACGAGGAUAUCCACGGUGGUUAAUGAGAUCUCCAGUACGGAUUCGGACUCGGAUUCGGAUAUAGUGAUGGUGUCGUCGUCGGCCCCCCAUCCCGAACCUCCCCCCGGCCCCUCCCGGCCUCCGGCUCCUAGUAUAGUCCCUAUCGAAACGGUUUCACACUCCGGCACCGAUGACGAUGAGGAAGUAGUGGUGGUCGGUUACAUCAAGCCGCCUGCGGACCGGACCCCCGAAGUCGUGGAUCUAGUCGGGUCGGAUAGCGACGUCGUAGUGCAAGAAGCCUCGGAGCCGGAGAGGAACCUCGUGAAGUUGAGUCUGACGCGACGUCGCGUGCCGAGCGACAGCGACAGCAGCUACGUGCCCGAGCCGGAGGAGAGGCCCAAACGGAAGCGACGGCACCGCUCACUCUCCACUACGGACACCGAGCGGCUGACUCCCUCCCCGCCGCCCGCCGCGUCUCCGGCGCUAGAGGCGCGGCCCGAGCCUCCCCCGCGCUCCAACACCUCGACGUCCGACCCCGACCCCGACCCCGACCCCGACCCCGACCCCGACCCGACUUCAUCCUCAGAUUCCGAGGACAGGCGUCGUCGCAACCCGAAACGCACGCGCCGGAAAAGCCGCAAAGACAAGAAGCGCAGUAAAAAGAGUCCCCCGCGCCACCGCGAGCGUCGCAAGGCCUCCGACCGACCCAAACACAAGUCCCACCACGGCCACGGAGUCAAAAGUUCCCGGAGACCGGAGGAACCUGAACCGGGACCUAGUACGAGCAGGGCCUCGAGACUUAGAAGCGUGGUCAACGUCCCGGCCAAAUCCAGUGACUCGAGUUCGAGCGGGCACUCGAACCUCCUCAACCUCCUGAGCAGUGCCAUCCUGAACCCGCACUCCAACGUGCUCGCCUACAACAGCGACAGCGGCUCCGUGCCCGACUCGCGCCGGGCCCCGGACACGGACCAGCUGAUACAGAAGGCGGAGUCGUGCUUCAAAACUGAAUCUUCCGGCUCCGACCCGGAGGACGAUCUGCCUCUUAACCUAUCUGUGCAGCGAUCGCAUCCACUUUGAAGUGAUGAAGCUAUUCCACGUUCCGGCAAAGAUGGGCAGAAAAUUGGUACUGACUUUGGCUUAAAGCGAGCUACAGAGCUCAUCCACGAACAAAGCGCUUUAUAGCCCCAUGAAUGCGUGCAAUCUGAUUGUGAAUCAAAUCUGGACUAGAUCAGAACCAGAUUAUGUGGAACGUGUUAGCGGUGAGGGUUCCUCUCGUGCGAGAUAUUGUGAUACAUUUAUACUUAGGCGACGGACGCUCGGGUGACGUCAUUGUAUAGU